ACUGCGCACUGCGCACUGCGCACCACGGCUCACGAACACGAGGAUCUCGCUCUUCUCCUCCUGUGCCUCUCGCUCGUUCUCUCUCUUUCUCCCCCUAAGCCUGCGAUCGAAAGCAACAAGUAUGGGUGUGGAAAAAAACAAUUUAAUGGAGGAGGACACGCUGGCGGUCGGCAUGGAGUAUAGAACUGUAUCUGGAGUUGCUGGGCCGCUGGUUAUUCUCGACAAAGUUAAGGGACCUAAAUAUAAAGAGAUUGUAAAUAUUUGUCUGGGAGAUGGAUCAACUCGCCGUGGUGAAGUCUUGGAAGUGGAUGGGGAAAAGGCCGUUGUGCAGGUUUUCGAAGGAACUUCUGGAAUUGACAACAAAUACACAACUGUGCAAUUCACAGGAGAGGUUUUGAAAACUCCUGUCUCAUCAGAUAUGCUUGGACGCAUAUUCAAUGGUUCUGGGAAACCCAUUGAUAAUGGUCCUCCGAUCUUGCCUGAGGCUUACUUGGAUAUUUCUGGAAGUUCCAUCAACCCUAGUGAGAGAACUUACCCUGAAGAGAUGAUUCAGACAGGGAUUUCUACAAUUGAUGUGAUGAAUUCCAUUGCUAGGGGACAAAAGAUCCCUCUUUUCUCUGCUGCUGGUCUUCCCCACAAUGAAAUAGCAGCUCAGAUAUGUCGUCAAGCUGGUCUAGUAAAGCGGUUGGAGAAGUCCGCAAGUCUCCUCGAGGAUGGAGAAGAGGACAAUUUUGCCAUUGUUUUUGCAGCUAUGGGAGUAAACAUGGAAACGGCACAAUUUUUCAAACGUGAUUUUGAGGAAAAUGGUUCGAUGGAAAGAGUGACCCUUUUUCUGAACCUGGCCAAUGACCCUACAAUUGAACGCAUCAUCACUCCUCGAAUUGCUCUUACAACUGCGGAAUAUUUAGCAUAUGAAUGUGGGAAGCACGUUCUUGUCAUAUUGACAGAUAUGAGCUCCUAUGCAGAUGCUCUUCGUGAGGUAUCAGCUGCUCGUGAGGAAGUGCCAGGGAGGCGUGGGUAUCCUGGGUAUAUGUAUACAGAUCUUGCACAAAUUUAUGAGCGUGCUGGACGUAUUGAAGGACGAAAGGGUUCCAUCACGCAAAUCCCUAUUUUAACUAUGCCAAAUGAUGAUAUCACGCAUCCCACACCGGAUCUUACGGGUUACAUCACCGAGGGUCAGAUAUAUAUUGACAGACAGCUCUAUAAUCGGCAGAUAUACCCACCGAUUAAUGUCCUCCCAUCGCUGUCUCGAUUAAUGAAGAGUGCCAUUGGGGAGGGAAUGACUCGCCGUGAUCACUCUGAUGUGUCCAACCAGCUUUAUGCAAAUUAUGCUAUUGGGAAGGAUGUCCAGGCAAUGAAAGCUGUUGUGGGAGAAGAAGCACUUUCUUCUGAGGACCUGCUAUAUCUAGAGUUUUUAGACAAAUUUGAGAGGAAGUUUGUCGCCCAAGGAGCCUAUGACACCCGCAACAUCUUCCAAUCGCUCGAUUUGGCGUGGACACUGCUUCGAAUCUUCCCACGGGAGCUUCUCCACCGUAUACCUGGAAAGACCCUCGAUUUGUUCUAUAGUCGAGAUGCAGCCAAUUGAGGAAGCAAACAGGCUCUGUACUCUCUUGUGUCUCUUGCUCAUUUCCAGCGGGAUCUUCGGACCAUUUCCUUGCCUUGGUUUGCCUUGCUAGUUUGGAUCUCUCCCCAGUCUCCACCACCAUUGAGCAUAAAUAAUGAAGUUUGUAUUCUUUCUGAGGCUUGAAAGCGAAAGCUGUUCAGCAAGUUAAAAUAGACACCGAUAUUCUUUUUGUUGAGGAUUGUUUUAGUACUCGUAGUUUCUGUAUUUAUUUUUUUUAUAAAAAAAAUUAAGAUGAUUAUGUUACCCAACUUACCCAGCCACGUGUUGGUUUUGGUUUUGGUGUUUUACCCAGGUGGGGUGCUUGUUUACUAUUUAUGCAUGUGCUGUAACAUCUAUUUUUAA